AUGAGGACAUUGUGUCCGAAUUUCAACAAUGAAGAUGGUCUCGAGACGGUAUUGGAGGUGCCCGUCCCGGAUGAAAUGUUUAGCGACAUUGGAUGCAAUGCCGCCAUGCGAUGGAAGAAUAUGCGGGCAUGGAUGAAGAAGCCUCAAACAUCAAACGGAGGCGAAAACACCGGUUCUAACAGUAACGAUCAUUUCAUGCUUCUCUUGAAACUCGUCGGUUCCCCUCUCAUACCUUUGCAUGUCCAGACUUGUAAUACAUUGACAACGCCAAUUAACAAUGGUUGCAUUGAAGCAUCAACAGCCAAAUACAUAGUACAACAAUACUUAGCCGCAAUGGGUGGAUUAACCGCCCUAAACUCGGUCAACAGCAUGUAUGCAAUCGGACAACUAAAAAUGGUUUCAUCGGACAUUCAACAAGCUAACGGGGACGAUACCCUAGACACCAAACGAGGAACAAACGUUGAACUCGGCGGUUUUGUACUUUGGCAAAAGAACCCCGACUUUUGGUUCUUAGAACUUGUCGUCUCCGGUUGCAAAAUAAGUGCUGGAUGCGACGGUAAAGUCGCUUGGAGUCAAUCUUCUACGCACCCUUCUCAAGCCUCUAAAGGCCCUCCAAAACCCCUUCGACGUCUCUUUCAGGGUUUAGAUCCAAGAUCAACAGCAAGCCUGUUCUUGAGCGCAGUAUGCAUAGGAGAAAAAAGCAUAAACAAUGAAGAGUGUUUCAUCCUCAAACUGGAAAUCUCGCCCGACAUUCUAAGCAUUCAGAGCACUCCAAACACCGAAAUCGUCCAUCAUAGGAUCUGGGGUUGUUUCAGCCAACGAACCGGUCUUCUAAUUCAAUUUGAAGAUACAAAACUAGUUCGCAUGAAAAACACUUCCUCCUCCUCCUCUGCCGCCGCGACAAAUGACGAAAACAUCUAUUGGGAAACCAACAUUGAAUCAACCUUAGAGGAUUACAGAUGUAUUGAUGGAAUUAACAUUGCACAUGGAGGAAGAACAAGUGCGACGAUUUAUCGAUAUGGGCGGUCGUUAAAUCAUCGAGCGAAGAUUGAUGAAACAUGGCGGAUUGAAGAGGUUGAUUUUAAUAUAACUGGAUUGUCUUUAGAUUGUUUUUUGCCGCCGGCGGAUCUUUUCAAAAGUGAGAUAUUGGUGGAAGAUGAUGAGCCUGCAAUAAUAAUAUAAACAA